AGGUCAACGCCGUGUGAUUCAGUUGGUUGGGAUGUGGAUGAAUAAAAACCCAUGUCUGGUUGCUUCACAAGUCAACAACAAUGGCGGUGAAGCAUAUGAAAUGGAAAUGAGGUUAAAAUCUUCCCUUCCAUUGAUUCCAUAAUUUAACGCAAUGGGUUGCAAAAUCUCAAGACAAGUUCCAUCGGAACCAACUCCUUCCUUUAAUCAUCGCUCUGCUCUUGCUUCUGAUACGCCUUUUUCAUGCUUGGCAGUUUCAGAGAAUGAGAUUGAUUCUUUGCAUAAGCUCUUUCAGAAGCUGAGCGAUUCUGUGAUCAAAGAUGGGCUAAUACACAAGGAAGAACUUCAGCUUGCACUUUUCAAGAACGUCAAUAAGAGGAACCUCUUUUUGGACAGGGUUUUUGAUCUGUUUGAUGCUAACAAAAACGGACGUAUUGGGUUCGGAGAAUUUGUUAGGACACUGAGCAUCUUUCACCCGAACACUCCAAAGGCAGUCAAGAUUGCACAUGCAUUUAAGCUGUAUGAUCUGAGGCACACUGGCUUCAUUGAGCGUGAAGAGGUGCUGAGAGAGAUGGUGUUAGCUCUUCUGUCUGAAUCCGAUCUAGUUUUGCCCGACGAUGUAGUCGAAAUGAUCGUCGACAAGACUUUUACUGAAGCAGAUGCAAAGGGUGAUGGAAAGAUUGAUUUGGAAGAGUGGAAAGAAUAUGUAGCACAGAAUCCUUCUCUACUAAAGCAUAUGACUCUUCCAUAUUUGAUGGACAUGACACUAGCAUUUCCUAGCUUUGUGAACACUGGAGUGAGCAGCUCUGAUCUUAAGGCUUGAUCUACAAAGAUCCUCAAAAUCUUUU